AUGCAACUGAGGAAGUCAGGAAAGGAGGACGACAGCUCUGCUGGAUGGACACUGAGGAGGAACACGAGUGAAGAAGGGCUGUCUGAGUGUGGAGCUGACUGGGGAAAAUCAGCUGGUUCUUCCUGCAACAUCAGCUUCAUCCUGCCAUUGGACAGCGGAGUUUACUGGUGUGAGUCCAGAGAGGGAGCAACCAGUAACACCAUCAACAUCACUGUCACUGGUGGACCAGUGAUCCUGCAGAGUCCUGUCCUCCCUGUGAUGGAGGGACAUGAUGUCACUCUGCACUGUAAAACAGAGACCCCUCCCUCCAACCUCCCAGCUGGUUUCUAUAAAGAUGGCUCCCUCAUCAGGACUGAGCCUACAGGUCACAUGAUCAUCCACCAUGUUAACAAGUCUGAUGAAGGCCUCUACAAGUGUAACAUCAGCGGUCGUGGAGAGUCUCCAUCCAGCUGGAUCUCUGUCACAGUGAAAGCCACCCCUCCUCCUGGUUCCUCCUCCACUUCCUCACCCACCUCACCUCCCGGUUCCCCCUCUCCUCCUCUCUCCGUUCAAUAUUUCUGUGUGCUGGUUCUACUGGUUCCACUGAUUCUACUUGUUCUACUGGUGAGACGAUGCAUUCAUAGGAAACCUAAAGCUGCUGAAGAAGAAGUUGGGGAGGAUGACAUCACAUACAGUCAUGUCAAAAUAUCACAUCACCUACAGCAGCCAAUCAGACACAGCAAAGAGAGUGAACCAGUCUACUCAGCAGUGAGAGGAGCAGGAGACGUCAGUUAUGGACAAAUAGUCAUCAGACCACAAAGGACGAGAGAGUUUCCAGCAGAGCCAGAGGUCGUCUACUCUUCACUGAGGUAGACCUUCACACCUUCACACCAGUCCAACCGCUGAUGUCCAGCUGGCCUGUAAUCCAUUUAUUAUACUUCACUGUUAAAGCUAAAUUAGACAAACAGCUCAGAUUUAGUGAAUGAUUUUAAAUAUUUGUGUAUUUCAUUGAAAUAUCAGUGACAUGAAAAAAACUAAAACCAAAUAAUUGCUAAAUUGUUAAAAUACUUUUUUAAGUUACUCAUUCCUGUUUCAUUGUACUUUCAUUCAUAUACUUCUACUGA